UCCUUUGCUACGAGCUUUCACCAAUUCCGUGCGCACUUGCAUAUAAUGAUGGAAGUUUGAGGAAGACAACUAAGAGUGUCCUGAUGACUAUCUUGGAAAAAGAAAUCAAUAUCCGUCCAAGACUUCCUCCAUCAGUCCUACAGACCACUUAUAUCAUUGAUGGGAUGGCAUUAGUGCAAAUGGCCAAGUCUGGUGGAGCAAGUACAUUUGGUGAUCUGUCACAAAAGUACUUCAGCAUCUUUACAGCACCACUUUACCUUCACAGCUGCAACUGCACAGAGGUCCAUAUUGUUUUUGACCAAUACUUGGAAGUUUCGAUAAAAGCCGGAGAACGCUCAAAGAGAGGAGCAUCAACUGCCCUUGAGGUACAGAUAGGCGGCCCUUCCACUCCCGUACCCAAGCAAUGGGGAAAGUACAUCACCAACCAACAGAACAAGAUCAAUCUCUGUGACUUCUUAACUCACUCUUUGUGCAAGCUUGGGCAAGAGAUGUUACCUUUCAACAAGAAAAUGGUAAUCGGAGGAGGAUUCAAGGAUGGAAAGAGGUGUGUGCAGAUCACCAGAGGCUGUUGUAGAGAAAUUACAGAUCUGAAGUCAGACCACGAGGAGGCAGACACGCGGUUAUUACUGCACGCCAAGUAUGUUUCCCAAGCAGAACGGAGGGUUGUCAUACAAUCACCCGACACUGAUGUGCUCGUCAUUGGAGUUGCACAUUUCAGACGUCUAAGCUGUGAGGAAUUGUGGUUUAGGACGGGUGUCAAAGAUAAGACACGUUUCAUUCCAGUGCACGAUCUCUACCAAGCAUUGGGCUCAGACAUCUGUAAAACACUUCCAGCCCUUCAUGCUCUUACUGGCUGUGACUCCAACAGUGCUCUUGUUGGUGUUGGGAAAAAGAAGGCUUUUGAAAUGCUGAAACAAAGCAAUGCUCACCAGGAAAGCCUAAGUCUACUAGGACAAGACCCAAUACUUGACGAGACAACUGCUGGAAAGUGCGAGGCAUUUAUCUGUGACCUAYACCCWUGUUCGAAAAAGGCUCCAAGCACUGCAGAUGAGAGGAGAUAUUUAAUUUUCUGCCAGAAAAAGCAAAAGAACGAGCAGCUUCCCCCGACCUCAGACAGUUUGCAACAACACAUACAGCGUGCAAACUAUCAGGCAUGUGUCUGGAGACGCAGUCUAACUGCUAUGCAGAGUCUCCCUCAGCCAGAGGGUCAUGGGUGGAAAAUGGAAGAUGGCGUCCUACAACCAGUUUUAAUGACAAAGGAGCCUGCACCAAAAUGUCUGCUGGCACUAACCACCUGUCACUGCAAAAAAUCAGAAUGUCUCACCAAUUGUUCUUGCAACAACACUGGUCUUGCUUGCACAGAGGCCUGCGAUUGCAUGGCAGAUGAGUCRGCAUGCAAAAAUCCUAAUGGUCUAUUUUGCCAAUAUAGCAGCGACUCAGAUGAAAGUGAUUCAGAUAAAAGUGACUCAGAUGAAAGUGAUUCAGAUGAUAGUGACUCAGAAGAAAGUGAUUCAGAUGAUAGUGACUCAGAUGAAAGUGCCUCAGAUGAAUCUGAUUGAACCUCAACAAUCUGUACUUUGAAUGUGUUUGUAAUAUUUCAAUGGAUUUAAUGUUUCAGACUAACUUCACGUGAUCUUCAGCCACGUGAUCGUUAUUAAUAUAGUGGAUAUAAAUUUUACAACUUCAUGUCUUUGAGGACUAACUUGAAAGACUGUUUUGGUCAAAGUUUACUAAGAAAUAGAGGAGAAAGCGCCAACCAWUCAAUUAGCCUCGUUUUCAUGUUGGCACUAUUACUCUCAUAAAAGCCAAGCCGUGGCACCGUUUUACAUUAA